AUGUCUUUCUUCGGCAAGUUCAAGCCCGGCUCCACGCCUUCGCAGGCAGCUGGUGCGGCGCAAGCAGCGAAGAAGGACGUACAACAGCCUACACCACUGGAGAAGCACUUGUCUGACUUUCCGGGACCUGUACGGCACGAUGGUAGCGACAAGUUCUUUGGGUUUGAGAAUUAUGGAUCUACAUGCUACGCUAAUUCAAUAAUACAAUGUCUCUACUACUCGGUGCCCUUCCGAGACAAUGUCCUCAACUUCCCAUCCAAGCCUUUCCUCGAAGCGAUGAAUCAAGAAGUCGCCAAUUCGCAGCAGACAAACGGCAAGCUUGCUAAUGGUGGGCCUGCGCUACCACGGUCACCAAGCAUGACACCCUACCCGAACCCGACAUCGCCUGCGCGGAAAGUGUUGCAGCCGACAUCACCUGGUGGUCCAAAGCCAGAGGAGAACAAGGACAGCCCAGACUAUCGCAAGAAACAGGCGUUGGCUGCGGGUCCUGUACUGGAUAUGGUGAAUGGCCAGGCUUACCAGUAUGGCAUGGACGAGUCGCUGUUCACUUCGCUGAAAGACAUCUUCGAGGCGAUCAUCAACAACCAGAGUCGGCUGGGUGUGGUGUCGCCUCAUAAGUUCCUAGAGAUACUGCGGAGAGAGAACGAAAUGUUCCGAAGUGCGAUGCAUCAGGAUGCGCACGAGUUCUUGAAUCUGCUCCUCAAUCAGGUGGUGGAUAACGUUGAACUAUUUUCGAAACAGCAUCCAGAUCUGAAAAUCCCGCAGGCAAAUGGUGGCGCGCCCGAGGAGACUCCAGCAGAGAAAGGACUCGCGAGUGCAAUGUCUUCGGCUCUUGCAUCUGCUCAUCCGACGUCUGCGAAUGGUCUCGAUACACACUGGGUCAAUGACCUGUUCGAAGGCACUCUCACAUCAGAGACACGAUGCCUCACGUGCGAAACAACCUCUCAGCGCGACGAAGCUUUCCUUGAUCUUUCUGUCGAUCUCGUGGCACACGCAAGUGUCACGUCCUGUCUACGGAAGUUCUCGGAAGAGGAGAUGUUGUGCGAGCGCAACAAGUUUCAUUGCGAUGAAUGUGGUGGUCUGCAAGAAGCGGAGAAGAGGAUGAAGAUCAAGCGACUACCCAAGAUUCUGGCUUUGCAUCUGAAGAGAUUCAAGUAUACUGAGGAUCUGCAGCGAUUGCAGAAGCUGUUCCAUCGGGUAGUCUAUCCUUUCCAUCUGCGACUCUUCAACACAACAGACGAUGCCGACGACUCAGACAGAUUAUACGAGCUAUAUGCGGUGGUUGUGCAUAUUGGUGGUGGUCCCUACCAUGGACACUACGUCUCCAUCAUCAAGACACAAGAUCGAGGCUGGCUGCUCUUCGACGAUGAGCUGGUAGAACCAGUCGACAAAUCAUACGUCCUCAACUUCUUUGGUGGCGAGCCAGUGCCUGGUCUUCAAGAUGCGAAGCAAUUGGCCUGUGCCUACGUGCUGUUCUACCAAGAGACGACACUCGAAGCAGUGCUCAAAGAACAGGAAACAGAAGGAGGUUUACAUCCAGUCCCGACUCGUGUGAGCGAUGCCGAGACAGCACUAAGCGGACUCUCGCCAGUCAAGACGACAGGCCACAUCGAUCUCCGCCAGACCCAGACAGUGACCACACCCAUCCUCGAGCGCAUGGAAUUCAUGGAUCCCCUGGCCCACGCCGAAACAGCGCCCGAAGGCGUCUCGCCUCCUGUGACAACAGACAACAACCGGGCAUACUUCCCAGCCAUGCCGAAUAACCCCAUCCUAUCCAGCAACAGUCCGGCGACCGCGGGUACGCCAAAGAGCAAGAAGGAGCUCAAGGCAGAGGAGAAAGCCAAGAAAGUCGCGGAGAAAGAAAGAUCGAAGGCUGAGGAGAUCAGGAGGAAGGAGGCGAGUGCUAAACGAGUCGAGGCGUGGAAGGCGCAAGAUGCUGAGUACAAGCGUGUGUUGGAGGAGAGUAAGCAGACGGCUAUGGAGGAGACGAAGAAGAGAGCAGACGAUCCCAAUGCUCCUGCUCCCCUAGAUGGCGCAGCCGCGGGCUCGACUACUGCAGGUGUUAGUGCGGCGGCGGCCGAGAAGGAAAAGGGUGGUGCGCUGAGCCGGUUCAGACAUGGCAGUAUGAGUCUGCGAGCCAAACCGAAAUUCUUCGCGGGUAAAGAGGGAGGAGAGAAAUUAGCGACUAUCCCACAGGGUAAUGGUGCGAGUGGUGGCGAGGUCGAGGCUAGUGAUGGCGCGAAGGCGCGGAGGAGGGAGAGCGAUGCCCUGGGUGAUGAGAAGAAGAUGCGGAACCGGUUCAGUUUGGGCAGGAAGAAGAGUCAGUUACUGCCGUGA